AUGCCUCUCGUCGCAGCAGCCCCGACCCCGCGCGUCAUCCUGGGCCUCAUGACCUUUGGCGCCGACGAGGCCACCGGCGCCCGCAUCACGUCGGUCCCCGAGUUCGCCAAGGUCCUCGACCUCUACCAGCAGCGAGGCUACAGCGAGGUCGACACGGCCCGUGUCUACAUCGGUGGCCAGCAGGAGGCCUUCACCCGCGAGGCCGGCUGGAAGGAGAGGGGCCUCACCCUCGCCACAAAGGUCAGGUAUCCCGCCAACCCGGGCGACAACACCGCCGACAAGGUCGCCGCCAGCGUCGAGACCAGCCUCAAGGAGCUGGGCACCGACUGUGUCGACCUCCUGUACCUGCACGCCGCCGACCGCGCAACGCCCUUCGCAGAGACCCUCGAGGCCCUCGACAAGCUGCACAGGCAGGGCAAGUUCGUGCGGCUGGGCAUCUCCAACUUCACCGCCUUCGAGGUGGCCGAGAUCUGCCUGACGGCAAAGUACAACGGCUGGGUGCGCCCCACCGUCUACCAGGGCAUGUACAACGCAAUCACCCGCUCCAUCGAGGCCGAGCUGGUCCUCGCCUGCCGCCGCUACGGCCUCGACAUUGUCGUCUACAACCCCAUCGCCGGCGGCCUCUUCUCGGGCAAGAUCAGGUCCAAGGACUUCACCCCGGCCGAGGGCCGCUUCAGCGACACCGCAAACAGCGGCAAGAUGUACCGCGGCCGCUACUUCCGCGACUCCACCUUCAACGCCCUGCAGCUCGUCGAGAAGGCCGUCGAGCCCCACGGCCUGUCCCUCGUCGAGACCGCCCUGCGCUGGGUCGUCCACCACUCCCAGCUGAAAGUAAAGGACGGCAACGACGGCAUCAUCAUCGGCGUCUCCAGCAUCGACCAGCUGGCCAACAACCUCGACAACAUCGAGAAGGGGCCCCUGCCAGACGACGUCGUCAGCGCCCUCGACGAGGCCUGGAAGAUCUCAAAGGUCGACAGCGUGCCCUACUGGCACGGCGAGGUCAAGUACCACUACGACCCCAAGCAGGUCUUGUUCGCCCCCGGCGCAAAAUGA